AUGGCAGACCUAAACUCAGUCAGAGUGGUUGAGGUUUCUCCACAGCCAAGCUCACCAGAAGAUCACUCAGCCACACCUGACGUCCUUCCUCUAACCUUGUUUGAUUUACUCUGGCUCAGAUUUGCACCCGUCCAACGCCUUUUCUUCUAUCAAAUCUCAAACUCCUUUGAAGCCACCACACUCGUUUCAAAACUCAAAGCCUCACUCUCCAUCGCCCUCCAACACUUCCGACCUCUAGCAGGAAACAUCACUUGGCCCCAACACUCCCCUAAACCAGUUCUCACUUAUGUCCAAGGGUACGCCGUUUCGCUCACCAUUGCCGAGUCUCAUGCUGAUUUCCACCAUCUUUCAAGUCAUAGCAUCUUUGUUGAGGCCAAAGAGUACCAUCCUCUCGUACCCCAAUUGCCAUCCUCUGGUUCACCAAGGUUUGGGAUUUAUGAUACAGAUUUUGGAUGGGGAAGGCCAAGCAAGGUGGAGGUGGUUUCGAUCGAAGAGACAGGAGCCAUGUCCCUGGCAGAGUCUAGGGAUGGUAUUGCUGGAGAUGUUGAGGUUGGUUUGGUUUUGGAAAAACAUCAUAUGCAAGCUUUUGCUUCUCUGUUUGCUAAAGGGCUUCAAGACCUUUGA